CUACCCAAUGCCCAUGGACUUCCGAUCCUCAGUCUAAUGUCAUUCCCUCUUUCCAUUAACCGCUACCUCACUCCCCACCCGAGCCAAGCAUCAGAUGCUUUAGCAGGGGGUGAGUGUACCAAAAUUUAAAGGGGGAUCUUCCCUUCAUUCCUUGGUCUACUGUCUUUGCUAGCAUCCUAUGUAAGGUUGUUAGCACCUCCAAAAUUGAAGAUAAGCGCUCAUGCUACAUUUCUAAAUUGUUUCAAUCUCUAAUCUGGGUAGUUCUCCUAUAAAAGAAGAAAGAAGUCAAUUCAUUAUCAGAAGAACUGGGCAUUUGGCCACUAUCUAACAAAACGAGUGGCCGUCUUCAACAGCCGCUUCAAGGCCAUUCUCUGCUGGUAGGAGUCUAUCCUAGCAGGUUUCGAUUCGGGUUUCUAAAUCUUAAGAGCUUUGUCCAUUCUGAUUCUAAGUUCGGUUCUUAUUUUUGUAGCAGGACGUCUAAUUUUCCCACCACAUGCACAAUGGACCAUUAUGAGAUUGUUCCAAUUGGACCUUAGGCCACAAGCACCUUAUAUCAAACCCAAUCCAACAAAAUAAAACCAAAACGUCAUCGUACUAUCUAAAACCUCAUAACCCCCGCAAUUUCUCACUGCAUAAACCCUAAUAAUUUUUUCAGUUCCCUGAAAUUGCUGGUGUUUGGUUAUUCAAAUCCUUCACAAUCUUUAGCGAUGUUGGACGAAAGCAAGUUUAAUGUUGACCUUAAACUAUGGGCACUUAGAAUUCCGCGUGAGCUCUGCAAGGUUGCAUCCCGAAUAUUGAACGGAUAUAUUCUUGACAAGGCCCGUGUUAAACCUAUUACUGAAGAUCCAACUUGUGAACAAAACCGUUACAUGAUAUUAUCGGAAAGGGUUCAGAAUUCUGAUUUAUCUGAUAUUCCUGAUGCAAAGCUUGAAGAACUUAGUAAGUUAUGCAAGAUUGAAGUGGUUCCCUAUUCUAUGACACUUGGAUAUUCCUACUGGGAUGCAGAUUAUGUGUUGAAGCAGAUUCUGCCGCCUGGUGUGGAGGUGCCUACAUCUUUUGAAACCAUAGGUCACAUUGCCCAUCUUAAUAUUCAUGACGAAUUGCUUCCUUUCAAAGAGGUUAUUGCAAAAGUCAUUUAUGAUAAAAAUUAUCCAAGAAUCAGAACUGUUGUUAAUAAAGUUGGAACAAUUACCAAUGAGUUUCGAGUACCAAAGUUUGAAAUUUUAGCAGGAGAAAAUAAUAUGGUCACAGAAGUGAAGCAGUAUGGGGCAACAUUCAAGCUAGAUUACAGUUUAGUCUAUUGGAAUUCAAGAUUGGAACAUGAACACCUGAAACUUGUGUCUCAGUUUCAGCCUGGGGAGACCAUAUGUGACAUGUUUGCUGGUAUUGGCCCUUUUGCUAUUCCAGCAGCACAAAAAGGAUGCAUUGUGUUUGCAAAUGAUUUAAAUCCAGACAGCAUUCAUUAUUUGAAGAUUAAUGCAAAAGUCAACAAGGUUGAUGAUUUUGUUUGCGCAUAUAACAUGGAUGCAAGGAAAUUUAUAUCUCAAAUGAUGGCAGCACCAGUGGGAAAAAUUAACUUAGAGUCUGAUGUUUCCUUGCUCAAAGCUUCUAACAACUGUGGCAUACAGGCCAAUGAAGAAACAAGUGUAGAACUUGCCGAGCUUGGAGUUGAGGUUAAAGAAGUACCUCCUUUUCUUAAAAAUAAUCUGGAGGUUGUAGAAGAGUAUUGUAGGAAGGCAGAUACACCUGUUACUCAAGCUAAGAGACCUUCUGAUGGUUGCUUGGAAGAUACUGGAAAUGACAAGGGUGCUGCUGUGCCUAUUGCUUGUGGGAGGAAAGGAAAGAAAAAUAAGAGAAUGAGAGGCUCUGAGUUGCCUAAUGCUAAGACAUGGGAGCAUGUUGAUCAUGUGAUAAUGAACCUUCCUGCUUCUGCUAUAAACUUUCUAGAUGCAUUUAAAGGCCUUAUCCAGAGGAAACAUUGGAAAGGAUCUCUUCCUUGGAUCCAUUGUUAUUGCUUCAUGCGGGCAAACGAAACUGAAGAAUUCAUAAUCUCAGAGGCAGAAACUGCUGUAAAUGCCUCUAUACAAGACCAUAUAUUUCAUAAAGUUAGGAAUGUUGCUCCAAACAAGGCUAUGUAUUGCUUGAGUUUUAGGCUGCCAGAGGCAUGCUUCAAUGAAGAUGCCACUCAUGAUCUCCAUUCUUGUGGUGAAGAAAUAGGCUCAGUUUGAGCUGAACUUAGUUGGCCAUCAAUUUGGAGAGGUUGUUCUCAGUUUUGACAUAUUUCGUCGGUAAGAUGGCACUGGGGCUGGGUGAAGGGGAGGUCACACUGCAAAAUGAAGACUGGGACUGGGUAGAUGAAAAGAGGAUAGAUGUAUAUUUGAGCUGAGUUGAAUUGAAAUCCAGCUGAUUAAAGCUUUAGUUUGACUUAAUUUCAGUUUGUUUGUCCUUCCGGCAAUGUCUUCAUUCUACUGAUAAUAUUGUUUACGAUAAUUUUGUUCUUAUAAUUAAUAUUAUUUAUCUCAUCA